AUGACAGCAACGCCACGGUGUAUCGCGUUGCCUCACUCGGUCGCCCUGGCAUCGCCCUUCCUCAAACAUCACAUUCGCCUUCUGCGUACCCUACGCACACGCCCACGCUUCCCCCCACCCUUUCCCUCACCUUCGCUCACGUUUCCCCUUUACCGUCGCUGCCUCCUGCUCCCUGGGUGCACCCACAAUUCCGCUGACCAUCGCGCACGCCUCCCCCCACAUUCACACACGCUCAUCGCCCACGCUUCACCGGACCGUCACCCCCGCUUCAGCCCACCGUCACCGACGCUUCCUCUUACCGUCGCCCACGCUUCCUCUUACCGUCGCCCACGCUUCCUCUUACCGUCCCCCACGCUUCCUCCCACCGUGGCCCAUGCUUCCUCCCCGUCACCCACGCUUCCCCCCACCAUCGCCAACGCUUUUCCCCACCGACGCCAGCGCCUUUCCCCACCGUCGCCAACUCUAUUCCCCACCGUCGCCGACUCUUUUCCCCACCGUCGCCAAUGCUUCUCCCCACCGCCGCCCACGCUUCCCCCCACCGUCGCCAACGCUUCCCCACACCGUCGCCCACGUUUCCCCCCACCAUCGCCCACGUUUCCCCCCACCGUCGCCCACGUUUCCUCCCACCGUCGCCCACGUUUCCCCCCACCGUCGCCCACGUUUCCCCCCACCGUCGCCCACGCUUCCCCCCACCGUCGCCCACGCUUCCCCCCACCGUCGCCCACGCUUCCCCCCACCGUCGCCCACGCUUCCCCUGCCAUCGCCCUCCGUGUCGCCCGGGAAUCCCCCUCCCGCCGGCCUCCCUCCCCUCCCGCGAAAACCCCCCCCGUCCUCUCAUUACCCCAGCCUCUCAUCCCCCUGUCCCCUGUCCUCUCAUCCCCUCGUCCUCUCAUCCCCUCGUCCUCUCAUCCCCCCGUCCUCUCAUCCCCCCGUCCUCUCAUCCCCCUGUCCUCUCGUUCCCCCUGUCCUCUCAUCCCUCUGUCCCCUCAUCCCCCUGUCCACCCUCCUCUCAUCCCUCCGUCCUCUCAUCCCCCUGUCCUCUCGUUCCCCCGUCCUCUCAUCCCCCCAUCCUCUCAUCCCCCUGUCCUCUCAUCCCUCUGUCCUCUCAUCCCCCCGUUCUCUCAUCCUUCUGUCCUCUCGUCCCCCUGUCCUCUCGUCCCCUUGUCCUCUCGUCCCCCUGUCCUCUCAUCCCCCUGUCCUCUUGUCCCCUUGUCCUCUCGUCCCCCUGUCCUCUCAUCCCCCCGUCCUCUCAUCCCCCUGUUCCCUGUCCUCUCGUCCCCCCAUCCUCUCAUCCCCCCGUCCCCUGUCCUCUCGUCCGCCUGUCCUCUCAUCCCCCCGUCCUCUCAUCCCUCUGUCCUCUCGUCCCCCCAUCCUCUCAUCCCCCCGUCCUCUCACCCCCCUGUCCCCUCAUCCCCCUGUCCUCUCAUCCCCCUGUCCUCUCAUUCUCACCCCCCCGUCCUCUCAUCCCCCUGUUCCCUGUCCUCUCGUCCCCUAAUCCUCUCAUCCCCCCGUCCCCUGUCCUCUCGUCCCCCUGUCCUCUCGUCCCCCUGUCCUCUCGCCCCCCUGUCCUCUCAUCCCCCCGUUCUCUCAUCCCUCUGUCCUCUCAUCCCCCCGUCCUCUCAUCCCCCCUUCAUAUUCUCUCUGUCCCCCUUCUCUCUGUUUCCCUUCUCCUUAUCGCCUUUCUCCCUGUCCCUCGUCUUCCUCACCCCCUUCCCCGUAUACCUAUCCCCUACUACCACUAUUGCCUUCCCUGCCCUUCCUCACCCUCCCUCCCAUUUCCCCCCACCCUCUGCCUCCCUUUCCCUCACCAUCUCCCCAUGUGUGGCAACUGUCAGCAAGCUCAUCGCCACCACACCUCCUCUCUCAACAGAGGACAAUGCACUGAUGUGGAUGGAGACCGGGGGUUGUCCACCUCCAACACCACCUGUUGGCUCGUACACCAUAUGA